CGGAGGCGGAUGCGGUCAUGCGGUCCUCCUCAAAUGCUUGGGGUGGAGGCACCUCCGUGGAGCCAUCCCCUGCCAAACCAUCUCCCACCAAGGUUCCCUCCCAUCCCACCAGGGAGACAUUGCAGGUUGGAAAGACGAAGGGUGCGGUUUUCUGCUUCCAGUAACCGGCCAGUUCCCUCGCCGAUGAACAUGAUGCCCAGCGCGUGGCCAAAUAACGAUAGAUAUUACACGAACCAAAGAAACGGAGCCCCUACAAAACAUACCCCUCAUCCCAAUUAUCCCGUGGGGCUGUCACCAGGAGUUGCACCUUGGCUGCGGCCUUCUGUUCCAAACAACUGGCCUAUUCCAUCAUCGAUGAACAUUAUGCCCAAUGCUUGGCCACAUGCAAGCAUGUGUUACACGGACCGAGCAAAAUGUGUCCCAGAAAAACUGAAUGCACAUGCCUAUAAUCCUGCGGGGCCUUCACGAGGGGUAGAACCACGGCCUCGGCCUUUUUUCUCCAACAACAGGCCGACUCCUCCACCGAUGAAUAUUAUGCCCAAUGCUUGGCCAAAUGCCAACAUGUGUUACAUGGACCAAGGAAACGGUGUAUCUGCCGUGCAGAAUCCAGAUGCUGGCAAUCCCAUAGGGCCUAUGCCAGGAGUAAUGCCGUGGCCACAGCCCUUCAUUUCUUCCAACACUUGGCAGACUCCUUCACCAUUGAACGUUAGGCCAAACACAUGGCCAAAUAACAACGUGCCUGACAUGGACCAAGGAUUUCAGAUGCCUGCGGAGCAAAAUCCAUUUCCUUAUAACAACGUUGGACCCGGCCCGAUACAAGUUCAACAGUUAUCAUCAUACCCAACAGUACCUUAUGCGGAGCAGUCUCCAAAUGUGCAAAGCCAUACUGUUAAUCCACCAGAAACUGUGGAUCCUUGAUCAGUGCACAACUGAAGCACUGAACCGUACGCAGCAGGUGACUUACAUGACACAAGUUGCCAGAAUUUUUCUGCGAGGACUGUUGUCUCAUUUUUUCUAUUUAACUUUUUAAAAAGAGUGUUUCGAUAUAUAUUUAUGAAUGCAGAUGUCAAACUAACUCUUUGUCAAUAGCUCGUAAUGC